CCCUUAAAGAGCUUUUGAGUGAAUAUUUUCUAGGGGUUGGGUCGAUUUCUAAUUAAACUCUGAAGGGCCUUUGGGCUUCAGAAAAUUUUAAACUAUAGAAUUACCUUGUUCUUUCUUGGGGUCAAUUAACUGGGCAGAUUCUUUGCAUUCAGUCUGAAGCACCUGAACCUUAGCUAAAGUUUCAUUUUCUCUCUCAGCAGCUGGAAACCUAUCUCCUUGUGCAACAGAAACUAAAGGUUCAUACUGAGCUGAACAGGCCUUGGCGCCAGUCCCCAAAUAUUGAUGUGCAGAAUACCCCAGAAAGUGCAGUUUCACUCUUCUCCCUUUCAUCAGCUGUGAAAGGAUGUGAAGGAAGUAUGCCAGGUUGUUAUUCAACUCUAGUAUUUAAUCAAGCAUUACCCGGGCUCUUCUGAAACUCUCCAGCUUCUAAAUUGAGAGGAAAAGCAAAGAGAACACAGGAUGGAAACUAUUUAAUUGAGCAGGCUCCCAGGAUUACUUGAGAUCACGUGGCCAUUCUCAGCCGGUCCCUCUUACUCCCCAAACUUCUGAAAGUCAGCAAACAACCCCACCUCAAUUCUGGUGGUGAUCUCUAACUUAACAUUUCACUGCUUUCUAUGGGAUCCAAUAUGCAUUCAUUCACUUUGUGCUAAGUGUGACUUCCUCUAAAUCCGAAUUCAGUGUACUGCAGACAGGGCCCCUCACUACUGAGCCCAUUAUGCUUUCUCUGUUUGGGUUUUAAGUACACAUAUUAGGGCAUCCCCACUUCGGGAAAGACAUAUUGGUUUAUGAAUUAGGAGAACAGCAUGCGGCCAUGGCCACCAUGAGCAACAGGUGCAAGGCCUGACUCCUUUGGGUUUCCUCAUCUGAAAAGGAGGACCCAGCAUGUGUCAGAAAUUGCUGAUAUACCAGCACCCAUUACCAAAGUCUUUGUCCAUAUAUAUAUAUAUUUUUUUCCACUUAGGGUAAGAAAUGUAUGCCCUUUGUUUGCCAACACUCAAGAGAAGUGGCCUGUCCUGAAGUCAAAGCCAACCCAUGAAAGCUGGAGGGUUGGGCUUUUUUUUUUUUUUUUUUUUUUUUAAAGGCCUGAAUGAGGUGAUAUCUUCAUGCUGACAGCUGAGAAGCAGGUCAGUCAGGUUCCUGGGUGCUCUAUUACACAAGCAAGAUACAGCCAGCACCACCUAAUUUUGUUUCUCUGGCACCCUCCUGCGCAGUGGGACGCUGUUGGAACACUUAACCCGUCUGCUUUCUCUAAUGCGCAGCAGUCUCAUUCCAGACACGGCAGCUGUGAGAUUUCAGUUCCUGUUUGUAAACAACUCCUAGGCCUGAAGAUUCUCCUCAUUAACACCUAUACCAAUGAAGAUUACAAUGUUGACUUCAGCCAAAAUUCUGUUGAUUUUAACUUUGUUUAGUUUACUACUAUUUGGAAGCCAUGGGCAAGAAGAUCAAAGAAAAAAUACAACACAAAGCAUUUCAGAAGGCUUAAAAACAGGGGAAAAUGAAUCUGUUCCCUUGGAAAGUAAAGCAAAUUUAACCUUAGAUAAAGACAAUAGAGAAACCUCCAAUUCCAAGGCAAGUAAUUUAUCUCUUGGGGGUCUAUCAAAUAAAACCCAUGGAAUAAAUUCCCAUCAUAAUUUGUCAACAGACAACUUUUCCAGGAGUCCGAGCCCCAUGCCCACAUCUUCCCCAAGCCCUAUCCACAGCUUUGUUUCUAAGUUGCCUUGGAAUUCAUCUAUAGCAGAUGAAAACUCUCUGCAAGUCUCUAUACCUCCCAAUGCUACAGCUACUGUAUCUUCAGAAAACAUCACUUGGUCUUCAGUCAAUGAUACUAUGAAAGCUCCUGACAACAGUUCCAUUACAGUUAACAACCUCCCUUCAGGACCAAACACCACACCUGUGACCUCCGUCAUGGAAACAGAUGGUUGGCAUACCACAACCAGAGACAGCUUGGCGGAGCUUACCCCAUAUCAAGAAACAACUUUACAGCCCACCCUGAAAUUCACCAAUAAGUCAAAAAUCUUUCCAAAUACAGAAGACCCCCAAGAAGAGAACAGAAAUACAGGAGUAGUAUUUGGGGCCAUUUUGGGUGCUAUUCUGGGUGCUUCCCUGCUUAGUCUCGUUGGCUACUUGUUGUGUGGAAAAAGGAAAACAGACUCAUUCUCCCAUCGGCGACUUUAUGACGACAGAAAUGAACCAGUUCUGCGACUAGAUAAUGCACCGGAACCUUAUGAUGUGAGUUUUGGGAAUUCCAGCUAUUACAACCCAACUGCGAAUGACUCAUCUACUCCAGCAGGCCUGGAAAAUGCACACGAUGGCAUUCCUAUGGAUGACAUACCUCCACUUCGUACCUCAGUAUAAAACUAAAAGGGAAAACAGGCUUCUAAUGGCGAUUGUGCACCUACAUUCUGGCCUUUUCAAGUCCAUCUUCCAAAAGCUGAAGUGAGAACACUGCCACGUGGCCUGUGCCAAGGAGAACUGUCAAAACAUUAGACUAGUGGCAGAAACAAAGAGAGGAUAAAUCAUCUGAAAGUCUUCCUUAUUUACCAUUUUUUGGCUGUGCUGAAUCACCUUAAUUUGUAUUGGGGUCUAUUUUUUUCUUAGUAAGAAAUGUUUAUGGAAUUAGGUAAAACCGAAAGAUUUCACCAUGAUUGCCCUGCCUGACAAUUUAAUUUUAAAAAAUCCUUCAAUGAAAAUAGGGACCCAAAAUCAUAUUUUUACUUUUUUGUGGGGGCGAGGUUAGACAAAAAACUAAUGGAUGGACUCUUCAGUGCUUCCCAUGUAGAACUAAUGCCAUAUAAAAAGUUCACAUUUUCAGAAGAAAAACUGCAAGGUGAUUUUUUUUUUUUUUAAUCUUUGACUUAAAGCUAUGAAGAAAGUAUCACACAGAGUUUCUGUUUCUGGGAAAUGAAGGUAAGGGGAAUGAGAGACUUGUAUUCUAGAAUGUUUUACUUUUCCUUAUCAGCAGGUAUACAUUUAGCCCCUUGAGUUGCCAAGCUGACAGGGACUCUGCAUUCAACAGACCCUAACCAGGUAGGAAAGCUGACCCUAACCAGGAAAGCAAUCGCUUGCCUUUAAAGCAAUGGGAAGUCCAAUGUGUGAUUUACUUUAGGAGUCAAUUAAUUGGGUUAUUUAAAAACUCAGUGAGCAACAUGGUGAAAAAGUCAGCCAAUAUAUAUACCUAGAGAUAAUUUUCACAGCUUUAAGAUACUAGAUAGGAACAGGAUUUAUUUUGUAUUAGAGGUUACUGUUCAAUCACAUAUGGAAUAGAUACUGAAUCUCUAAGUUAAAAUAAAUAAAGGUUAAAUAAAUACAGGAAUGUAAGCCUUAAGCAAACAAAACAUUUUCUGAGCAUCACUUUUACAAGUGAAAAUGCAAGAAGAAGCUUCAUUUGGAUUCUAGUAUGUUUCCAUUUGUCUUUAAUUACUGCCUGUUUUGGCAGGAAAAUACACUCCAUUGUAUAGGAAGGCCAAGGCUUUAGGGAUCAGAGGAUUGGAGCAAGAAUUAAAUUCCCCAAGAAACAGUGAAUGUGUGAAGAAGUUAUACAGAACAAGGGAUUUUACUGUUAAAUUAAUAUAUGGAGUGUGCUUAAGGGGAGGGCAUAUGGGUGUGUGCGUGUGUGUGCGUGUGUGUGCGUGUGUGUGUGUGUGUGUGUGUGUGUGUGUGUGUGUGAAUGUGAAGAAACAUAGCAACAGCCUCAGAAAAUAAGGCCAGGAAGUAAGUAAUGGGAGAACAUACUUACCCCAUAUUGCCAUAAAAAUAGCAAAGAAGACUGUCCCUCCAUUGUCAAACAGAUAUGUCACCUUAAUGGAAAACAAAGAUGUUAGUCACACUGUGGUUAUAAUAAUCCAGUGAUUACUUUUUGCAUUUAGGUACUAUGAUUUUUCUCCCCAAUGGAUUCACAUUAUUUCAUAGUUUGCAGAUAUAAGAUAUGCAGUCCUUUCAUGGGUCCGGCAACAGUUUCAUGUGAUUUUUUCAUGGCGAGAGGUGAGGAAUAAGCAUUUCCCCCCUUUUCCUCUCUCUUCCUUUUGGACUCCACCUUCAUUUCUGCCUAGAAGUGGUUCUAGUACUCUGAGGAAGUAUUUGCAAGCCAAAAAUGGAAGCUACAAAAGAAGCAUUAAUAAGUUAGAAUUUUUCCUGGAAGGCUCAACCAGCUGCACUUCCUGUUAGCAAAACUUCCAGGGUUAGGAGAAUUGCAAAAUGCAGAAUUCCACCAGUGAGCCAGCCCUUCCGAUGGGAAGGUAUCACAGUGCUACCCCUACUCAGAUGUCUUUCAGAAUGUGCCACGGAUCUUUAAGAAGUUUCAGAAAACAGUGGACAUUUAGGAUACAGUCCAAAUGUUUGUUAAUUAGACAUGACCUGAAGUUUUAUAAAGAACAAUGUACAGUUAUACAAUAUUACUGAAUAUGCACUUCAGGGUUGUCAGAAUUGUUUGAUUUUAAUAAAGUAUAAAUUCAAUUUA